AUGAAUCCACAACCUCAAGGGCAUGAAGAUCUCCUCCGCGUCAACGGUCCCGCUGCAGACAAGACUUUGCAAGAUGGACAACCCGUUUACUGCAUUUGGGUUGGUAACCCAGUGACUGUGGAACUAGUGCUCGAUUUAAGCAUCCGGUUUCUUCACAUCAAGAUUGGCAUGGAAACCUCGGCAGAUGGAUGGUUUUUCUCACGAUGCUCCCAUGAUCCAUGCUGCGAUUCAACCUGUGAGGGAUCAGUCAUCAUCAUUCCAUCCAUCGAUGAAUUCGUCAUGGAAGGCAAUGAAUUGAAAUUGAUUAAAGUCGAGUGUUCUGCUUCAGUUGCGGCGGGCCAGUACCACGUUGUUUUUUCGGGAAACGAUCAGAAUGGGCAUUCAGUUGAGCGUGAGGUCGUUUUCGAGGUGGUGUUGAAGCCGUCUCGUCGUGCGACCAUCUUGCUUCCAUCGAUUCCAGUUGAAGCCUCUCCCGCUGGAUGCCCUCAUCCUAGGAUUUGGACGUCACAUUUCACCCAAAUCUUAUUUGACAUCAACAACCUCCCCACGUUUAUUAUAAACGGAGCCGGAUUUGAGGUCAACUUUGGAGAACAAAGA